ACAUUCUUCGAGAAGCGAGCGGUGUGCUAUUCCGAAGUGCGCGCGGGAGUUUCUGCCCGAAAAAUUAUUAAAGAAAUGAAGAUUUUAACGUGGAAUAUAAAUGGGAUUCGUGCUGCUGGACGUGGCAGAUCGAUGAAAGAUAUUUUGGAUUCUCUUGAAGCUGAUGUUAUUUGCUUGCAGGAGACGAAAGUCACUCGUGAUAUGUUAGAUGAAGUAACAGCUAUUGUAGAUGGGUACAAUGCAUACUUUAGUUUCUCAAAAGUGAAAACAGGGUAUUCUGGGGUAGCUACAUUCUGCCGCAAUGAAGUGACACCCAUUGCUGCAGAAGAAGGUCUCUCUGCUGUGCUCACCCCGCAGCCCUCUAUUGAAUGUUAUGGGAAUAAUGUAGACUUCACUCUAGAAGACUUGGAAGCUUUAGAUGCAGAGGGUCGUGCCAUGCUAACAGAACACAGACUCGAUGAUGGCAAGUCAGUUGUUAUUGUUAAUGUCUACUGCCCAAGAGCUGACAAAGAGAAUAACGAAAGAGUAGAUUUCAAAAUGAAUUUUUAUAAACUACUACAGGAGAGAGCCGAGACCCUUGUCAAGGCAGGAAGACAUGUCAUAGUUCUUGGUGACAUCAACACAUCACAUAAAAUGAUCGACCAUUGUGAACCUGACAAAGAGGAGUUGUUCAAUGCUAAUCCUGGGCGACAGUGGUUAGAUCAUUUUUUAGUGCCUGGUGAGAUGUCCUCUACAAAACCAGCCGAAGAAACGAGUGGAUCUGUUGACGGGCACGGAGGGAUGUUUAUAGAUACCUUCCGUUAUUUUCACCCCUCCGAGCGAGGCGCGUACACUAACUGGUGCACAGUAACCAGCGCGCGUCAAACAAACUACGGCACACGAAUCGAUUACAUAUUUGCUGACGUGGAGCUCGUUCGAAAAGAGUUCGUCGAUUGCGAGAUAAGAGCUGAUAUCGACGGCUCCGAUCACUGCCCAGUUGUGGCAACUUUGAAGACAUGUUUCCAAGCUGCGCUUAAAGCACCGGCACUUUGUACCAAGUAUAUGCCUGAGUUUGCGGGAAGACAGCAAAAACUGAAGUCAUACUUUGCAAAGCACGUGCACCGACCUUCGCAAAGUCAACCCGAGGCCACUCGUAAAUCACAAGAAGUAAAAUCAUCUUUAAAACGUAGUGCUUCUCUUGAUGGCGAUAAAGCUAAAGCCAUAAAACGCCAGAAAUCUGCUGGAGCGAAAGGCAAAGCCGACAGCCAACCAAAGACGGAUCUGUUUAGCUUUUUUUCAAGAUCUUCAAGCUCUGUUGCGUCAGAUAAGAACGUCGCAGCUGAGGUCAGUGAAACCAAUAAACCAGACAAUGGCGUUUCUGACAUAGCAUUGGCUCCUCAGGCAAAUAGUGUUUCUUUGGGUGUAAAUUCUGACGAUUUCGUGUCUAAAAACACUACAAACCUUUCUCACGAUAAAACUGUCACUGGUAGCAGCAAAGACUGCCCUGAAAAACGCAAAGGUGAGGUUGCUCUGUGGAAGAGCAUUCUCACCGGGCCCCGCCCACCCCCUCUCUGCAGUGGCCACAAGGAACCUUGCGUCUUAAGAACAGUUAAGAUCAAAGGCCCCAAUCAAGGCAGACAGUUUCAUUGUUGUGCUCGACCGCAGGGACACAGUUCAAACCCACAGGCUCGUUGCAAUUUUUUCAAGUGGGUAAAAUAGACUUCUGCAGGUGUAUUGUCGCAUUCUUGUCCGUCACUUGUCAGUGCAAGAGGUGUGGGACGAUCGAUAUCUGACGAGGGAGCUUAGAGGGAUAUUUGAAUAUGGCCCCUUUUUAUGUGGGUUCAGUUGAAGAGAACUGCACAUGGUAGAGCGAGCGGAUGAAGGGAGAUGCUUUGGCAGUGAUACAACUCAAUAACAUACUCAUAGCCGUAACUAUUGCUAUUUAAUACAGUAUAUUGUGAAUUUAUACGCUAGUUUAGUAGAGGACCAAACAACAAACCAAGUCAUAGACUACGUACUAGUGGCCUUUACAUAGGACAAUACCAUUCACAUGAAAGUGAGCUGUACACAUUGAAGCCUAGUUUUGAAUCAGGCGAAAGACAUCUCGGUAAUUGCAAGGUGGGAUGUUGCGUGUAUUCGUUUGUGCAGAUAAAACAAUUCAACGAAAACUUUUAUACCGUAAUUCCCAGAUUUUGGAUCCUUAGGUAGUUGAAAGGCUAACUAAUAAACAUUUUUGCAUAAUAAAAGUAAUAAUUGAUAAGUGGUCAUAAAUAAAUUAGUUAUCAUGAUACUUCUUGGUUUUAAACGUACGAUAUUCGCACCGGUUUUGUGUAUAGACAUUGUUUCAGGGUCCGAUGAUCUUACCUUGUGAAGUAGCUUGCCCGAACGACUACUCAGACAAUGAAAUAUCAGCCGUUCAAGUUAGAAUGGUGUGCCUCGAAAAAAUCAACACGAGCCGCCUUAAGGACAUUCGUUCUCAAAAUGUUCAGAUCUUUUUGAACUUCUGCUGAGGUUAGGUACAGUCAACUCUGUCAGAAGCGCAAAGAUAAUGGGUUUUCACUGCUGUUUCCCUUAGGUAAAGCGUAUUGAAGGUCUUGCUGUUUCGUCUGGCAUGUAGAGAGCUUAAGCAAACCACGAAGACAACGGCAACGAGAAGUUGAACAAUGGCUGUGCACCUGCGUCAUAAAUCUUUGUACAUUUCUUUGGCGUCCUUUGUACAGCAACAACGUGAAAGUUCUGCGUAUUUUGGAGAACGCGAACGACGACGGUUAAUUUUUCGUAUUUUCAUUUGAAAUCGA